AUGGCUAGGGUAUUAAUUUUAGGGUCUGUUAUUUUGAUCAGUGUCUAUGUAACGGAACAAGCAUAUUUUUUGGAAAAAGAUUUCAUCGACAAUAUCAAUGAACAAGCAACGACAUGGAAGGCCGGUGCUAAUUUCGACCCAAGUACACCAAAAGAACACAUCUUAAGACUUUUGGGAUCAAGAGGCGUACAAAUUCCAGACAAAGCUAAAUAUAAUAUGUAUAAGAACGACGAUGACGCAGACAACUACCAGGAAAUUCCCAGGAAAUUUGACGCGAGGAAGAAAUGGAUACGUUGCAAAACGAUUGGAGAAGUCAGAGACCAAGGAAAUUGCGCAUCGGAUUGGGCAUUGUCGACGAGCUCAGCUUUUGCAGACCGCUUGUGCGUGGCUACAAAUGGAGAUUUCAAUCAACUGUUAUCCGCCGAAGAAAUCACUUUUUGCUGUCACAAGUGUGGUAAUGGAUGUAACGGAGGUUAUCCGAUAAAAGCGUGGAAGCGUUUUAAAAAGCAUGGUCUUGUUACGGGAGGAAAUUAUAAAUCAGGAGAGGGGUGUGAACCGUACAGAGUCCCACCUUGUCUUCAUGAUGAAUAUGGAAAUAAUACAUGCUCGGGUCAACCACUGGAAUCAAAUCACAGAUGCACGAGAAAUUGUUACGGAGAUCAAGAUAUCGAUUUCAACAAAGAUCACAGAUACACGAGAGACCAUUACUACCUCACAUAUAGAGGUAUUCAAAAGGACGUUAUCAAUUAUGGACCAAUUGAAGCAUCGUUUGAUGUGUAUGACGAUUUUCCCAGCUACAAGUCAGGCAUUUACGUGAAAUCAGAAAAUGCCUCAUAUUUAGGAACGCACUCCGUGAAGCUGAUUGGUUGGGGUGAAGAAUACGGAGUCCUCUAUUGGUUGAUGGUCAAUUCGUGGAACUCAGAUUGGGGAGACCAGGGUUUGUUCAAAAUUCGACGAGGCACAAACGAAUGUGGAGUUGACAAUUCAACCACAGGAGGUGUCCCCGAUACUUAA